UGUUGCACUGUAAUAGCAUUCCUCUGGCACCAGGACAUUAGGUCAUAAAACAUGUUUUUCAUGCACUUACCAAAUGUAUGCAUUGUACUGCACAGCGCCGGAGUAGACAAAAUGAUUACGUGACUGCUGUUGAUUAGUGUGGCACUGUCUUUGAAGUUGAGAUUAAUUAGUGAUGAAUAGAGAAUAUCUAUGUAAAGUUAGUAUUUUCAUCAAAUUCGUCGGCCCCCGAAGCAGGGAACUCACAAAAAAUGGCUUCCAUAAUAAAUUUGCAGUCAUGAGCUUGAAAUUGGUAUCAGUUACUUGGUGCACUCUAGGACCCAGGGGACAUCUGGCUGUCAAGGGGACAGAGGAGCAUGUGUCUAUCUGAGAGAGGAGGAAAAAAAUCACCAAGGCACACAAUGUGUGACAGUCACUGCCAUACACAGUGGUGAUCGGUGAGGGAAGAGACGACGAGAGAUGAGGGGAAAGGGAGAGAGAGAGAGAGAGAGAGAGCAUCUUCACAGGUCCCCCACACUUCCCCAGGGUUGCAGGCGUUCUCCUCGCUGGUGUGAGUGUUGAUCAACACAGCAGUGGGCUUCUCCUCCUCCUGGCUUCUAACCUUAUCUGAGCCUGUCAGGCAGAGCCUCACAGAUACCAGCAUCAGGACAGGCUUUGUGUGCCAAACCAUCCUAGGCUGCUGCUGCUCAGGCCCUCACCGUGUGCCUGGCUGAGGGGGCCAUCCGGCAGAGCCGUCCUCUCUGAUCUUUUAUCACUCCAGCGCAGGUACGCCGCUCAGCUCUGUGACCAUACGGCCAAUGGACUGACCUUGGGAAGUUUUCUUAACCUGGAAAAGAAUUGGAAACUUCACUCUUAAACAGUAGCUUUUCUGGACAUGCGGAACCUUGCAGUGCUCUCAAGGGAUAGGAGAUGGGAGAGGUAUCCAUCCAAAUAAGUGUUGAGCAGGGGAUGUGGAGAGGGAAGCACUGUGAUGGGGGCGUGUGAGGCGCUGGCCAUAUUCUGAACAAUGGAGAAUGCUGGGGCCGGUCCAAUGCAGAGCCCCGUGACCCACCCCUCAGUGCCAAAUGCCACGUCCAGCCUGUGGGUGCCCACGCGCCCCACGCCCCCCAGCAUGGAGGUGGUCACCACCUCCGAGUCCCAGAUCAAGGACCUGGUGGGGCUCUUCUGCAUGGUGACGCUCAACCUGGCCGCCCUGCUGGGCAACACGGGCGUCAUGGUGGCCAUCGCCAGGGCCCCGCACAUGAAGAAGUUUGCCUUCGUGUGCCACCUGUGCGCAGUGGACCUGCUGUGCGCCGUGCUGCUGAUGCCCCUGGGCAUCAUCUCCAGCUCCACCUACUUCGGCACGGUGUCCUUCACGGUGCUGGAGUGCCAGGUGUACAUCUUCCUCAACGUGUUCCUCAUCUGCGCCUCCAUCCUCACGGUCACGGCCAUCAGUGUGGAGCGCUACUACUACAUCGUGCACCCCAUGCGCUACGAGGUCAAAAUGACCCUCAACCUGGCCGUGGGGGUCAUGGUCCUCAUCUGGGUGAAGUCCAUCCUGCUGGCCUUGGUGACGCUCUUCGGCUGGCCCGCUUACGGCCACCAGAGCUCCAUCGCGGCGGCCCACUGCUCCCUGCACUGGAGUCACAGCCGCCUGAGGAAGGUGUUCGCCGUGCUCUUCAGCGUGCUGUGUUUCCUGCUGCCCGCCGUGGUCAUCUUCGCCGUCUACUGCAGCGUCUACAAGGUGGCGCGCACGGCCGCACGGCAGCGCGUCGCCAUGCCCACCUGGGCCGCCAGCGCGGCCAAGAGCCGCUCGGACUCCAUCAGCAGCCAGACCACCAUCAUCACCACCACCACGCGCAACCUUCCCCAGAGGCUCUCCCCGGGGCGGGUGUUCGGCGGUGGGAAGGCGGCCCUCACGCUGGUGGUCAUCGUGGGCCAGUUCCUCCUCUGCUGGCUGCCGUACUUCGCCUUCCACCUGCAGCUGUCCCUCACGGCUCCGCUCCAGAGCCCCGGGGACAUCGAGGAGGUGGUGACCUGGCUGGCCUACUCCUCCUUCGCCGUCAACCCCUUCUUCUACGGCAUGCUCAACCGGCAGAUCCGGGAGGAGCUGGUGAAGCUGCGGCGCUGCUGCACCAGCGGGCCGGUGGACCUGGGCGCCUCCAGCCACGAGGGCUCGCUCCAGGAGAACUUCCUCCAGUUCAUCCAGAGGACCAGCAGCAGCAGCGUGGAGAGGGGCUCCAGCUGCACCCCCUCCAGCCGCAGGAACACGCUGGACCAGGGGGUCAGGAUCCCUGGCCAGAUCCCAGAGGAGUACGGCUAACAGGCUGGUUGUGACAUGUUGUUUUUGAUGUCACUGAAUGCCAAGGUGCCCACCAACGUUUUGUUGGGAUUCGUUCAGACAACCAAUCAUAGGUCACACAGGACAUCACAAAGUUUGCUUCAUGUGAAUUCUUUUAAAACUCUUUCAUGAAUCUGACUUCAUAUGUGAAUUAUGUUCAGAGCAUGUUGUGGAGCGCUAUAAAGCAAUUCUACAUUGAGGACCUCAUACUGUAAAAUCUCUCAUUCACCCAAGGAUGAAAUGUGCUGUCCUAUAUAAGACACCGGGACCAUUUGAUUUUUUUGUGCAUAUUAUCAUAACCUUUUAGAGCAUUAAUAUAGCCUGUAGAGUAUACUGUUCACAGACCAAACUGCCAGCUAAUAUGCAAUUCCCCUGUAGUAACACUGUUAUUCAUCCAUAACAACUAUCAGCUCUCAUUAUGUUUACCUCUGAACGAAGCUUUUCUUCUCUGAUGAACUGAAGUUAAACAUUUGAUUCAUUUAAACUAUUACCACCUCAGUGUUCAAUGACUAACCAAACACUGUACGUAUCGCAAGGGAAGCUGUUUCUUAAGGAACAUUCAAAAUGUUUCUUUUCAGACGUCACCGUUGAGAUGAAUUGAAACAAAUAUUAUGAACCUGCUCUAAACAUAUGAAAUGAUACAUGUUUUAUUUAUUGAUGCCUUUGUCAAACACUUUAUCUAUUAUUUAUUAAACAAAUAUAAAUGAAAGACAGAUAUGUAGUAUCCCUUAUAAAUGUCAGCAGCCCCCUUGCCAUCUGUUCCCUAUCACCAGUGCUGUUCCCACUCCCACGCUGUAGUGCUGAGGGCCUGUUUAGGAGGAUCCCUGACUUCAGAGGUGACGCCAGCAGUCUGACUACUCCCCACUGGCCUUGAGCGCGACCAACUGCCUAGCUAGGCUCUGCCUCGCAUCAAAACUCUGAAAGUGGAGGGACAAUGCAAGGCCCCUCUUUCUAGUUUCAGCAGAAGUGUAGGGCCUAUGUUGCAAAUCAGUCUCCCUGUUUGCA